CACAUGCUCAAGAGGAGCCAUUUUUCCACCCCUUUUCAUGCUCAAGCUUUUGAACUACUGCGCACACACCAAACCUCAUGGACCAAGUCUCAAGUACACUUGGAAUUCCUGGAGAGUUCUCUACACAAGUCAGUAGUGGAAUACCCGUGGAAAUUGUUGACCCAGAAAAUCAAAAUGUUGGUCGGCAAAAUGUUUCAACUGAAGACAUGGACAUUAGCAUUGACUCAGAACAGAAAUUGGACAGUACACAUCUCUCCAUGGUCUCACAAACUGCCUUGAACAUUUCCUCACUUAGUUCCUCACCUGCUGUGAGGUCCACGCUUCAAUCGUCGGCUACUCCAUUGAAAUUGGCCGCCAGUGGCUUAAGAGUCCAUUCGUCGACACAGUCUACCCUCGACACAUUGUCCAAUACUGAUGCUUUGGAGAUCUCUGCGGAUGCCAUUCCUACUCUCGGUGAUAACUUGGGAAUCGAUACCAGUAGUACUAGCCUUUCAAUGAGCACACCUCGACAGAUGAUUGGAAAAUUUGGAAUCCGACUCAGUCCGAAUUCAAUGCUUAACGAUCCAUCACCGACAAGCUCUGAAGAUGAAUUCGAUUCGACCGAUUUGCUCAACCAGAAUUUAAUGCAGCAUGCACAAGACGAAGUGACGCAGAGACUUGCCCAAGCUGGGCCCAUUGGAGUAGCUGCAGCAGCUGCUAUUUUAUCAAGCAGGAAAAGAAAACGUGCUCACAGUUUUGAAACGAAUCCAUCGGUUCGAAAACGACAUUGCUCCAAACUCACAAAAAAACUCAAAGAGACUAUUGAAGAACUAACCUCCCGUGUUGGUCUACAAGCCUGUAUAGUGACGUUCCGUCCUGGCAGGCCCGAAUCGAAACAAGACGCCCUCUUCAAAGUGUACGGGGCAGCCCCUCUAAGUACGAUCAUUAAUGACCUACAACCAACCAUUGUUUCCCAGAUGAACACCACCCUUCACACGCAGACCCCGCAAACUAUCCACGCCAAAACUUCAGGCGAACCACUCCACGAACUACCCUCCCUCGUCUUUGAUGGGAUCCCUACUCCAGUUCACAAAAUGACUCAGGCUCAAUUGCGAACCUUCAUUCCAGUUAUGUUAAAAUCCUCCACAGGCCGAGGCAAGCCGGGAUGGGGCAAAGAUGCUGUUAAACCCGCAUGGUGGCCAGUUGAAGUUCCCUGGGCGAAUGUUCGAAGCGAUAUUCGAGUAGAUGCUCAAAAGAAAGCUUUGUCGUGGACUGAUGCUCUUCGUAGGAUCGUUCUCUCGUGUUACCUACACCAUGGACGUAUUGAUCUACUGCCUGAGUUCACUGUGGAACAUUUGCAACAGCUGCUGUCCCCUGAGGCUGCUCAGCAACUACAGCAACACCUUGAGACUCUUCAACAGCAGCAACAACAAACCCCCGAAGGUGCUGAUAUCCUUACGGCUGGCGGGCCUGUUGCCGUGGGAACGAGUCCGAUUGAUGUAGAGUCCGGAACUCCACAAAUGGCGGCGAGCACCAGUCAACAGGUGUUUACCGUCGACACUGGAAUGGGUAAUUGUGACUCUUCGGGGAUGCCCACUCUAGCUGAUGCCAGCCUGGCAGAGACUGCCUCUCGACUACAACAGGUUGCUGAUGAGACUGGCGAGGUGCAGUACGCUACUCAGACAGUCACAGUCACCGAUCGUGAUGCCAAAGCUCUCGGACAACCUGUCGGCUCUACCACAACCGUCCUCCUUACUGCCUACCCCGGGGGACACAAUGGAAACAACGCCACACACGCAGAGGAAGGUGUUUUGGCUAAUCCCCAAGACCCGACAGCUAGUGGCUCAUUUUUAACCACGCAAGCUACUCCCGGAGCUGGUAACCCACCGAAUAUUCAAGUGGUUUACAGCGCAUCUGGCGUGGACGGUGCUAUCUCCACCCCACAGACCAACUCUGAAUCCUUCCCGACAUCGACUGCUGAUUCGAACGUUACAAACGCCGCUAUGCAAGUGUCAGCUGCUAACGAAUAUCUCACGGCAGCGGCAAGUCAAGAACUACUGGAGGCUACUUCGAAUAUCAGCACGAUUCCCAAUCGAGGCGAUGAUGGAUCCACGGACUUGGCAGCACAGUUGAUAAACCAAUACACUGCUGGCGUUGUUGCAAGUGAUACGGGAUUCGGGAAUAAGAGAGGAAGUGAACAAAAUCUAAUUGGCUCUACUUCUGCUGAGCUUGCACCUUUGGAGGGAGAUGGUGCUAAAACGUCAGAAACGUGAAAAUGUGGACUUCAUUACAACACAUGGACAUUAGCUAUGACUAGUAGAAAAUUGUAGUGCAUAGUACAUACAUUUUUGUUAUUUGUACAGUACAAUAGUUGUUUCUUUACUGCCUUGUUAUUCAUGGAUACAUUAUGGGCUACUUUUAAUUUAAUUAAGAUGAGUCAUCAAUAA